AUGCUCGACGCCGUUCCGGUUGCUAUCAACGCGGAGACGCAAGUGGAUAUCGCGACACGAUGUAAAGAACUCAAAUUUCAGCUGGACAGCAUACUUGAUCUUAUUACAAUCGAGGCGCACAAGCUAGAAAAUCAAAGUACCGAAGGGGUGAAGACCAAACUUGGUCAAAUGUUGUUGAAGGCCAACGAGCUACUACGUGAAUGCACUGGGUCAUGUUGGUUUUUCCGAUUUAUGUACAUAGCUUCUGCAAAUGAUGCGAUUACAGAUUAUCGUUUGAAUAAUUUCCAAGGACUACCUAAAAGAAGGGAUUGGCGACAUCCAGGCCGACCGAGAAAUACCACCAAGUAA